UAGGAUCUAGUUAGGAUGGCGCUGGUGAUGACUGAUGGAACCCCGAAAAAGGAGCUAAAUAGAGGAGCGUGGACAGCUCAAGAGGAUCAGAAGCUCGCUCAAAUUAUUGAAGUUCAUGGUGCAAAGAGGUGGAAAUCAAUUGCAGCCACAGCGGGUCUCAACCGGAGCGGGAAGAGUUGCAGGUUGAGAUGGAUGAAUUACUUAAGACCAAACAUCAAGAGAGGCAACAUUUCAGACCAAGAAGAAGACUUAAUACUCAGGCUUCAUAAGCUGCUGGGAAACAGGUGGUCUUUGAUUGCUGGACGGUUACCGGGUCGAACGGAUAACGAGAUCAAGAACUACUGGAAUUCUCACUUGAGCAAGAAAAUAAUAAACCAGCAGACAGAGGAGAAACCCAGUAGAGUUGCAAGAACAACAACAACAACAUGUUGGUCUAAGCGUCGGAAAACCUGUGAUUCGGAGAAGGAUCAAAUACAGGUUACCGAGGAUGGCACCUCCAAGGGACAUGAGGGCUCAGUGAACAAUAUUGAUGUGGAUGAGUUGCUAGAUUUCUCUGUUGAGGGGCCUUUAAUGAGCUUGGAGUGGCUGAGAAAAUUUAGUGAAUUCAAGGAGUGUUUGUGUGGGUUUUCAUGAAAUUAAUUUGAUAUAUUCUUUUUUCCUU